AUGAAUGAGCAGCGACACCAUAAACCACCUCAACCGCCACCACAACAGCAGAGGGAUCGAACGAAUACCGUUUAUUAUGAUGCACAAUCGAAUUUCGGCACACCACCCAACGCCGAUGGAAUUGUUGGAAUUUCAGCAGCAGCGAGCAGUGCAAAAGACUACAAAGACUACAAAAUGGGACUGCGAAAAGCAUCAGGGUCGUCGGAUCGAGGAGCAGGUGGUGGUGGAGGAGAUGAUGUACUGUAUGAGAGAGUGCAUACGGAACGACGUCAUCACCUCUCGACGUCUUCUUCCUCUCCCUACCCGCAUCGUCCAUCGUCUCGAGAACAACAGCAUUCGAGACCCUCUCACCAAUCUACAGUAAUCCAUCAUCAAAUCCGGUCUCCAUCAUCAGCAACGUCUUCUGGAACUGUAAUCAUGGCUCCAAUGUCAUCGUCCUAUGACUACUCUGUGGGGUCGUCGGCGUCUCCUUCAGCAUUUAGAGCACAAUCCGAGGUGGCUGGAAGUCAAUGGGCUCCAAGAGCACAGGAGGAUUUUCGACCGGGUCCACGAGCAAGCUCCGCGGCGAAUAUUGAUGCUCUUUUUGCCCCCAAAGGCAAUCAAAGGACACAAUCGACGUCUUCUGGAGUCACACGCCUUCAGGAUUCUGGGUCAAGGAUGACUGCUGGAGGAUACGAUCCAUCGGCAAAUAUAGUUUAUACUAGACGAACUGGAGAGCCGAGCAGAGGACCUAGGGAUCCUCCGAAGGACUACUCGGUGGUUGGAGCCUACGAACGAAGCCAUGAGCAACCGAUCUACAGUACCCGAGGUCCCCCCACCACACGAGGAUCAGUGCGACAACACUCGAAUGAAUAUGAGCUGGAUCCGCGGCUGAAUGUCACAUAUCCACAGUUUUAUGUUGACGAUUGGAAGGAGAGACACCACAAUCCACGUGGCGGCAGUGCAGCUGGGACGCCACAGAAUUCUGGAUAUCCACGUGGCGCUGGAGCUCCAAGACACUCGCCGAGUUUUACGACGACGACGGGACAUCAGAUGACGGGAAGGCCGAGGUUUGGAAGUGAAGCUGGUGUUGGAGGAGGAGGGAAUAUUGGGAAUACUAGUCGACACUUGUACGAAGAAGUGCCAAUGGGAGUCAAUGGAUACCGUAGUCCUUCGGGUUACGGUAUGAAGGAGACGGCGAUUUUGGAUGAUUAUGAUAAUGUGCCAAGCGAGUUUUUGGAGGAGAAUCGAGCAGAAGCACAGAGAAAGAAGAAAGACGAGGAAAUGUCGACGAAAGAUGAUGGAGGAUCGGCGAUUUAUCAGCCAGGACGUUAUCAGCCUGAUAAUUAG